CACUGAGCCACUCUGGUGUCCCUGAAAAUGUCUUUUGACAAAUAAUCCCAAAAUUGUAAAAGGUCACAACUUGUUAAGGGCUGUCCUGCUCAAAAAUAAAAACUGAUUUGACAAUAAAGGCCAGGGACAGGUGAUAACCAUCCACAAAGAGUUCUAUCAACUUUGAGUGCACUCACCUUUCAAAAGCAACUUGUGGGCCACACUGAUCGAUGUUAAAGAACACUAGCACUGGACUGGUUCAUUGGGAACUCAUCAGUCCUAAAAAGCUAUUCCAAACUCAAACCUUUGACUUAUAAGACUGUUGCCACACCAUGAGCUUCAAAUGUCUAUUAAACAAACAUCUGAGACUUGCCUUCUUUUUCCCUGAGGUUUGAAGAUCUGACUUCUCAUCGCCCAUUGGAUUAUGCCCAAGGCUUUCCUACCCAAUGAUCCUCUUGCAACACGCCGGGCUUCCUCUGCCUAAGCAGCCCUCAUCCUCUCCUCCUAUGUCAGUGGCCGCCAGGUCUACAGGAACCUUGCAACUUCCUCCACAGAAGCCUUUUGGGCAGGAGGCUUCCUUGCCUCUGGCAGGGGAAGAAGAGUUACCUAAGGGAGGGGAGCAAGACUCUGCCCUGGAGGAGCUAUGUAAGCCCCUGUACUGCAAACUCUGCAAUGUUACCUUGAACUCAGCGCAGCAAGCCCAAGCUCAUUAUCAGGGUAAAAAUCAUGGUAAGAAACUCCGAAAUUACUAUGCAGCCAACAGUUGUCCUCCUCCUGCCAGAAUGAGCAAUGUGGUAGAACCUGUGGCUCCUCCAGCUGUUCCUGUUGCUCCGCAGAUGGGUUCCUUUAAGCCAGGAGGCAGAGUGAUCCUGGCCACAGAGAACGAUUACUGUAAGCUCUGUGACGCCUCCUUUAGUUCUCCGGCUGUGGCUCAGGCUCACUAUCAAGGGAAGAAUCAUGCCAAGAGGCUGCGGCUGGCGGAAGCUCAGAGUAACUCAUUCUCGGAAGCCUCAGAGGCUGGUCAGCGGCGGACCCGGAAAGAAGGGAAUGAGUAUAAGAUGAUGCCUAAUAGGAGGAAUAAUAUGUAUACAGUACAGAAUAAUUCAGCAGGUCCUUACUUCAAUCCCCGCUCUCGGCAGAGAAUCCCACGAGAUCUGGCCAUGUGUGUUACUCCAAGUGGCCAGUUUUACUGCUCCAUGUGUAAUGUUGGGGCCGGUGAAGAGAUGGAGUUCCGACAGCAUUUAGAGAGCAAGCAACAUAAAAGCAAGGUGUCUGAACAGCGGUACAGAAAUGAGAUGGAGAAUCUGGGAUAUGUAUAGUGGUAUUUGUAUUCAGAUAGAGCAGCUUUUCCUGCCUGUUGUUUGCCUUCUGUCAACAAGCCCUGCUUUUGUGGUCCUUUUGAUAUGAGUACAUUCCUCUGCUUAAUGUCAAUACUUGUAACCUGCAGUGGUACCAUGAGAUGUCAAAACUGGGGAAGGAAAAGAAUGUGCUUCUUAGGUCAUGAUGCGUUUUCAGGUCAGUUGUGUUGAGCUACUUAGAGUAUGUGACCUACCUACCCCAUGAGAAAUAACUUUGUAUCUUGACCAAGAUCUGGUCAACUAGUAGCUUGAUACUUAGAGCUUUAACUAUUUAAAAAAUUUCACCUUCCUUUGCAAUUUUAAUUUUAUGUACUAUUAAGAAUUUUAUUGAGUUCUUACUUCAGAUAACGGUAAAAACAGGUAAGCAGAGAUUUUGGUUUCCCAAGGUUUGGCUUCCCAAGAAACCACCUCAACGCAAUGCCUUGCCAGUAGGAUAUACUAUUAUAAAACUAUUCGGGUCUUUCCCAGGACAUGUUUUCCCCUUGUCUUCCCAUUACUGAUUGAAAUGCAGAUUUUCUUGGAUUCAUACACUUCCAGUGUGCUUAUAGACUUCCAAACAGUGAAAUUUCAUUUCCAGUUGUGGAUUUUACAUGUUUCAAUGCCACCUUCUUCCUUCCUCCCCUUACCCCCACCCUGCCUCAGUUGAAUUAGCUUGUUUAAUAAGCUCAUUUUCAUGUCCCAACUAUGUUAUGGGCUUUCCAAGACCCCUUUUCCAAUAUCCAAUGAGUUUAAGAUAGAUAUGCUAUUUUUUUACAAUCUAUUUUUCAGAUGGCUUUGGGAAAUGUAAAGAUGUAUUUGAUUUUUCAGUUUAGAGUUAUUCAUUGAUAAUAACAUACUUGUAUGAUGGUCUUGAUCACACGUUUAGAUCUCUUGAUAUUCGUUUUGGCAGACUUUUUCGAUAAACUGAUCCUUAGGUUUUACUUAUAUUCUUUCCUGUCUUGCCAGUUUGUUGUCUGUCCUGAAAAAUACUAUUACUAUCUUACUGUUUCAUAGAUAGAGAGGAGUUAGAAAAAAAGUUGAUCAAAUUUUAGUAUCAUCAUUUUCAGUAGUAAAAUACAUGAACUUUGGUUUCCUUCUUUAUAAUGCAGCUUCCUUAAAGGCCAUAGAAAUACAUUAUGGAUUACUUCGGUAUCUGAUAAUUAUAACAGUAUUAUUAUUAUUAUUAUUAUUAUUAUUUUGUUUUUAAAAUAAGAAGCUCUAGUGUAUGGCUAGGUAAACUAGUUGAGUACCCUAUGAACUUUCAUUAGUUGUAUUUUAUCUACUUACUAUAUUUACAUGGAUAAGACUGGUGCUCAUCCAUACUUUCUUUGAAAGGCCACCUUCACCAGGAUGUUUAUUAUGAGCAGUAUCUUGGCACUAUAGUCAAUUCACAUUUGAUUGCUUAUAUUACUAAUUAAAAAUAAAACUCCUAUUUUUCCUUUGAGAAUUCUAUAGGCAACGAGAUAAGGAGAAGGAAAUUAUAAUCAUCAUUCCUUUCCUUUAAUACUUCUGAACAAUUUUUUGGCAAUCUAGAUCCAUAUUUAAAAUUCAGUUUUGGGAUUAACUUCUGGUAAAAUAUCAAGUUGCUCUUCUGUUGAAGUGAUUUUUGAAAAAUAGAAUUGUUUAGUCAAUUUUUUUUCCUCUUGGAAACUGGAGAAUGAAAUAACAUUAUUGAGAUUCUAUCUAGACCUGUGACUCUAAAUAUAAUAAUCCUUUUAUACAACUGAUUAGGGCAAUUUAGAGCUUAUUUUAUUGGUCAGUAGGUUACUCAUUUUGCUGCUACAUAUAAUUUUUGGUAGAUUUUAAUAUUACAGUGCUGGCCACUUGGUUCUAUAAUUAUUUAAAAAUCUUAUUUUUCCCCCUUUCUCUGUAUGUCUGUGUGUGUGUGUGUGUGUGUGUGUAGUACACACACACAUGGGUAUUUGUGUAUGUAUGUACUUAUAUACAUAUAUGCACUCACACAUAUAUAUAUAUUCAUGUGAUACCAUAGAGAAGAUUUCAUUGGAUCCUUAUUUCAGGUAAUAGUAAAAGGUUAUGGAUAAGAAUUUACAGUUUGUAAAAGUGGCAUUUAUCCACCCACUUUCAGUUUUUCCUUGGCAUAUAAAAUUAAAGGAAGGAUUUCCCCCACUCUCCCCACUUAACAAUUUCAUUACCUAUAUAUAAAAAGUAGUGGACUUAAAGGCCUUGGUGUUUUUCUUGGCCUUGCAUAUUCAGGUUUCCAGUCUCCCAGUGCCCUUAAAGGAUGUUAUGAAUGCAUAAAUGCAUUUUCUUUAAAGAAAAAAGUUAGAUUUAUAGUGUUAUUUCUUACUUGUAUUUCUUUGCACUAAAAAAGAGCUAUGUGUUUGUUUUAUAUGACACUUUAGAUACCAUAUUGCCUACAAUAACUCGGUUUGCUCCUUAAUUUCCAAACUGUAAGAAGUUGAUAACAUCCAUGAUCAUUUAUGGAGGUUACAUACACACCUCCCUUACCCCCUGCCCAAUCACCAAUCUCUAUGACAGUUCUUUUGGGCUUGUUACCUUGCAAUAUUCUCUUGUGUUCCAUAGGUAAAUCAAAGGGUGACAGAGGUUGUCAGAAAGGAAAUACCUAAAUAAAUACAUCUCUGCAUGGUACAAUUUCUCAUGUUCAUGCAUUCCUUAUAGACAGUAUUUUUUUUUUAUCCCUGUCAAAGAAGGCCGUUGUUGCUACCAUAGUCAGUGAUACAUGAUCUCUGUUGGUUUCCUUUUGUGAAGUCCAGUCUUGCUUUGUAAUGUGCUCUAGAAUCUGCACCCUGUGCUGCCCAGGAGUCACGUUAGUAUCUUUUUAUAUGCUGUAUACAAGGACCGACAGAGACCUAAACAAUGGAAGACCUUUAGUCAAGCCAGUAGAUUUCAGUAAUUGUCUGUGAGAACUCACAGCAUCAAAGUCUCUUUUCUCUGUGAAUAUCUUUGUGUAACUUGUCAUUCUAAGUCAAUGUUAGAAGGUAACAAUUAGAAACUCUUUUUAAGAUAUUGAGGGCAAGAAGUUGUAAAGGAAAAAUUCUGUGUUCCAAUUAAAAGGUGGGAUUGCAUAUGCCUUUGAAGUGUUUUUUUCAAAAAGUAAGCUACAAACCUGAGUGUGCAGUGUUAAUCCCCUUGACUCCACACUGAACAGAAGACACUUUGUUGGUCUUGUCUUUGUAUAUCAUGUACUGCAACUUGUAAAUAUGUGCAUGUUUUUAUUACAUGUGUAUGCCUGUCUCUUAUUGCACUGAAUUCUGCAAGAUGAAUAAUAUUUUAUAUCAUUAUAUCAUUCAUUUAGAAAAAGUUCCUUCUCCAACUCUUCCUCAUUAUUUUCCCUUCUAAUUAGUCAUUAAACUUGGAAAACCAUUUAGGAUUUUUUGAAACUCUGAGAUUGAGUGAAGAAUCAUGGCUGUCUGAGAUCAUUCUUACAUUCCUCUGACUUACACAGCUGAAGGGAAGCAUUAGAUCUUCCUUCUACCUUAUUUUACAGAACUGAGAUGCUUGUUUAUAGCUACCUAUCUACAUUUUCAAUGAGGGUAAUAGAAAUAUAUAUUUCAUGUUUAUAUAUAAACAUAUAUAAACAUAUAUUUGGUUAAACCUUCCUCUGUAGAUAGAUUCUAAGGAUUAGCAAUGGGAUUGAUGAUUCCUUUAUUCCGGAAUUGGCUGGGACCAUGAGCAACUGCAGUUUGUGGACUAUCCAGUGACCUGUGUAAAAUGAAUCUUACCGUGUCAGGGGAGAUAGGUAACUGUUAGGCAUUGUAUCCUCUACAGAGAGGCCUAGGGAUGGUGUAUUCGGAACUUACUUGGUCUCCUGAUUAUUGAAAUGUAGGCUGAAAGUGCUCCCUAAAGAGUUUGGUGAGGUGUAUAUAGGACAUUAGAGAUUCUUUAGAAAUAGUAAUAUUUUGUCAGUAUAGGCAAAAGUUUAAUGCAGGCUUUUGAACAAAUGCUUAAAAAAUAUUCCACCUGACCAACUAUUUUUUUUUUUUUUACCAGCCAAAUUAUUGUUCAGGAGUUUCAUACAUAAUAGUAUUUUGUUGUUGCUUUUGUUUUUGUUUUUCUUGGUUUGUGUUUUUCUUGGCUUUAUCAUUGUAAGCUGUUACUAUCAAUCUAGCGGAAUGGACAAAUAGCUGUGUAAAUAGCUUCUCAUAUGAUGUUUCUACUGAUAGCUGUUUGACUUUUUCUUCCCAUUAUGAAUGGGAGGAUCAUUUGUAAAUUCCCUUUAUGGGUAGCUACCAAAAAAAAAAAAAAAAUACUGGCCUGACAUGUGACCCUGUCUCCGUUAAGCCCAGAAUAUGAGUGCCUUUAGCAAGUUUUAGCAUUUCGCAGAGAGAAGAGAUGAUAGAAUUAUUGCCAUUAAUCACAAUUUGUAAAACAGAAGCUUGGAAUAGCAAAGGUCUGUGUGAAUUCUGUGUUCUACAUCUUUUUUGUUUAAUGCAAUUUCAGUUUCAUACUGAAUAAAAUUGUUAACAUUAUUGAUCAGGAACUGUACACCCUGAAAAUAAAUCCAGUUAUCCCAGGCUGGCAAUAGUCAUAGAUUAUUUUUCACCUUGAUCUGUGUUGCAUUUUUAUUUAGUGAAGAGUGGUAUGAUGGACUGGGAAGGGCUUGACACUGAGGUUUGGAAAAACUUUAUUCCAGUGGUCUUUUCCAAACGUGUCUACUCUGUAGAGAGAAUUAUUUACUUGCAAAUGUAGUGUGUGAAGAAGAGACUGUCUUGUCCACAAUACUUACUAAUUGUGUUGUUCAUCUCUCUGUUAAAGAAGGGAUCUUCACAAAUUGGAUUUGAGGCCAUAAGCAAAAAUUCCCACUGCAAUUAAUUUAAAAUUCUAAAUUGCCUGAGUCUUUUAAACAUGGCUAAAUUAAUUUUAUUUAUGGAAAAUUUUAAACAUACAUUGGAGUUGAAAAGAUUUUACCAGUGAAUUCUACUAUCAACACUGUACUAGGCUUGUAUUACCACAUAUCCAUCCAUCAGUCCUUGGAGUAUUUUAAAAUACAUACUUCAGUGUAAAUUUCAGACAAUACAUUUCCCUUAAACACUUCAACAUAGGUGUCAUUAACCAGAAUUUAUUAUUUGCUUAAAUAUUACUAUCUUUUAAAAAGCAGUGUAUAAAGUUGAUAACUGGAACCAAAUAACAUACAGUUUUUUCUCUUGUGGACUUUAAAAGCCUUCUGAUUUCUGUUUUUAUAUGUGCUUAGCAAGUGAAGGAAGACCGCUCCAUUCCAACCUCAAGUUUUCUGAUGUUGGUCAUUUUAAAGCUUAGUUGUCAUACCUUUUUAAAAUUCCAUAAAAAUUUUUUCUUUAUCCCACUUUUAUGGUGUAUUUUUGCUGAACUAUGCAGCUUCUUUAAAAAACUGUAAAUUACAGAUUGAGGUUUAUUAAAUGAGCUUAUUAUACCUCAUUCAUUCUAUUGCUGCUUUUCUCCAUGAUACCACGUCUCUCAUUACUUUCACCUGCUCUACCAGAACGUAGAGGUAGAGUCAAAUGCAUAGGUGAUUAGCUAUUUUAAACAACUUGAGAAGAACAGAUUUUGUAGUUUUGAAAGUUGAAACUAUUAAGUUAUCUAAAGCCUUUGAAUUCCUGAGAAGUGUCAUUGCCCAUCCUUCCUCUAGCCAUAAUUAGCAGGAUCAAAAAUGAUUGUACUGUACAAUGAGUUGUUGAAAUUGUGAGCCUUAGUAACCAUCCUUAGCUUUACUCUAGUACUGUUUAGGAAAAAGUUUUUUGACAUAUGCCUUUAUUUUUAUGCCAAUUUUUUUGUGGACAAAAUCUGAAGAAUUUAAGUGACUUGCUCCAAGGUCAUGAAGAUUCAAUGGAUAAGUCAGAAUUGAAACUUCACUGUUCCUGAUUCAUAUUCUUGUGCUUCUGUGAUAAGCAUCAUGGCUUCCAAGAUAACUGAACAUUCCUUUGGGGACCGUAAAAUGAAAGUAUGUAUUUUUUACUAAUUAGACUAGUUUUUAGGCAUUUCACAAUUCUUUGAUUUUAAAGAUUUUUUUCAUGGUCAUGUUCAUGUUCCUCAUUAAGCCAGUGUAAUUGCUAAAAACCUCAUUUCACUGUUUAAUACCAACUAAUAAUGCAGGUUUUAUCAGAUUUCUUUUUGCAUUUAAAUAAUCUUCAUGAUUACUCAUGACUUUUUCUAUGUAAGUCCUUAAGUGACCCCCUCACUAGUGAAAAUAAAUGUUCUAUAUCACUAAUUCAAUGUAUAUUCUCUACAUGAUAUAUUUUUUUAAGGAAAAGUAACCCCAUGUGUCAGGAUGAGUGAUAUCCUAGGGCAAAGCACAUAUAAAGUUUAUUUCUAGUCUGCAAAUCUGGCAUUUACGGGAACAAAACUCUUUUAGAGUGGCUGGUCAUUGCCUUCUUUUGGUACUUGAGCACCUUUCUGUGGUUUUGUAAAUUGAUGUGUCAUUUUGUAAGAAUUUCAUGUUGAUUCUGUGUUAAUUGAUGUUCACCUUGUGGUAUCCUCAGCUGAUUGUAAUAAUUUAGUUUGGGUAUGGUGUGUCUGCUUUGAAAUGCCUUACUAGAGCAUGUCAAAUUUUGCUCUAAAGCAUUCCAUGUAUCUGCUAGGGCAGUAACUUGCCUCUCUGAGUUGUAUGCUCUAGAUUCAGAAGCAAACUGAUUUUGCUUUCACCUUUAAGAUUGCAUUUUAGUGUAGUUAUUGUUUUAAAUUAGAGAAUAAAAUCAUAAAAAAAACAAGGGAGAACCCUUCAUUUAAUGGCAUGGCAAAUUUUUAAAACUGCUUUUGCUAUUUCACUAGAAAAAAAUCUAGUAAAGGAUAUAGCUAAAAAACGCCAGCCAGAACUGUAUGAAAUUGGGGUUGUUUCCUAAAAAUUUUUCUAAAUGUCAUACAGGGGUUUAACAUCUGUGUAUGCUGUUGGGGCUAAGUGCCAGUCACUAAUUUGGAAAUCUGUUUGCAUUCUGGGGCUGUAAAAUGACAAAAGUGUCAUGGGAUUAAAAUCAAUCAGCUGUGAAUUGUAAAAUUGAAAUCGCUUUUUUUGGUUUCAUUUUCUUCAGCAUAUUGAAUAUAGAAAUCCAAAAGAUAUUUAAAAUUUACACUGCUUAUGUUGAUGGCUCAUUUUGGCUGUGUAUCCUCACUUAUGUACUGAUUUCUGAUAAAAGCUUGACAUUAUUAUAACAGGUAUUUUGUGUUCAAUUUAAUAAAACAGUUUCUGAGUCUUGUCUGCA